CCUAGAAAACUAACACAAAAACCCUCUUCAACGUUUGUUCACAGAGCUACUAUAAUGGGUUACGACAUUCAUUCCGGCGACGAUAAUGCCUCCGAAUCUGCCUGGGACUUCGCCGCCUACUCCGAAGCCGUCGCUGAAGAACACGCCCGCCGUCACACCACCUCAGUCGACCAAAAAAUCCACAAGCUUCGUCAACAGCGCGCCGUCUCUCUCCCUAACCCUAACGACUCCGACUCCGACUCCGAAUCCAAUAAACAAGAGGAUUACAAGGCUGAGAAAGGAGAUGAUGAUGAAAACGAUGUUGUUGAAAGUGAUAAACCUUUCUUUGCAGCUGCUGAAGGUGUUUCCUAUCAAGCUAAAUCGUUUUUGGAGCUUAAUCUUUCGAGGCCGUUGCUUCGAGCUUGCGAAGCGUUAGGGUACUCUAAGCCUACACCAAUCCAGGCUGCUUGUAUACCAUUGGCAAUGGCCGGGCGUGAUAUUUGUGCGAGUGCAAUAACCGGUUCUGGGAAGACCGCAGCUUUUUCAUUGCCAACCUUGGAGAGGUUGUUAUACCGCCCAAAGCGUGUGCCGGCAAUUAGGGUUCUUAUUCUUACUCCUACAAGGGAGCUAGCUGUCCAGGUUCACAGUAUGAUAGAAAAACUUGCUCAAUUUACAGAUAUAAGAUGCUGCCUGAUUGUUGGUGGGCUAUCAAAUAAGGUGCAAGAGGCUGCAUUAAGGUCGAUGCCAGAUGUCGUUGUGGCAACUCCAGGGCGUAUGAUUGACCAUUUACGUAAUUCAAUGUCUGUGGAUCUAGAUGAUCUUGCUGUCUUGAUUCUUGAUGAGGCUGAUCGACUUUUGGAGCUUGGAUUUAAUGCUGAGAUCCAGGAACUCGUCCGUAUGUGUUCAAAACGGAGGCAGACAAUGCUGUUUUCUGCCACAAUGACUGAAGAGGUUGCAGAGCUUGUCAAACUAUCCUUAAAGAAACCACUACGGUUGUCAGCUGAUCCGUCUGCCCAACGACCAGCAGCUUUGACUGAGGAGGUUGUGAGAAUAAGAAGAAUUCGUGAAGCACAUUAUGAGGCAGUGCUUCUUGCAUUAUGCUCAAAAACAUUCACAUCCAAAGUAAUCAUUUUUAGUGGAACCAAGCUUGCUGCUCAUAGGUUGAAGAUCUUAUUUGGAUUAGCAGGCUUAAAAGCAGCCGAGUUUCAUAGCCAUCUUACACAAGCGCAGCGUCUUGAUUCUCUUGAGCUUUUCAGAAAACAGGAAGUAGACUUCUUGAUUGCAACAGAUGUUGCUGCUCGAGGGCUUGACAUAGCUGGGAUUCGGACAGUUAUUAAUUAUGCUUGUCCUCGUGAUCUCACAACAUAUGUACACCGAGUGGGUCGUACAGCAAGAGCUGGUCGGGAAGGAUACGCAGUCACAUUUGUCACUGAUAAUGAUCGCUCUCUACUAAAAGCCAUUGCUAAAAAGGCUGGUUCUAGGUUAAAGAGCAGAAUUGUUGCUGAAGAUUCAAUUAAUAAGUGGGCGCAAACAAUUGAGCAGAUGGAAGAUCAGGUUGCUACUAUUCUUCAAGAAGAGAAAGAAGAAAUGGCUUUGAGAAAAGCAGAGAUGGAAGCAGCAAAGGCUGAAAAUAUGAUUGAGCACAGGGAAGAAAUAUUUUUCCGGUCUAAAAAGACGUGGUUUAUGAUUGCCAUAGGAUUUUGUUGGGGAGCCAUUAUUUGUAGUGAACUGAGAUUCAAGAUCUUGAUUUUUGCCAAAGAAGAAGAAGACAGAGGAGAGCCAACAAGGCAAACAUCUUCUUCGGACGAGUCUUCCGCCGAAGAAAUGGCAGGUCAAAGGAGAAGAAGAGCUAUUAUAAACCCUGGGCAGUUUCAAGCUGUCGAACCUGCUGCUAAGAGACCUCGGCUAGGUGAAGACCCGACCGAGGAUGUUAAAGAGAAGACUCCUCCUCCUCCCGAGAUAUUGGAUGGGAGGCCCAAAUAUUUUAAGAAGGCCGAGGAAAGAGUUGAAGAAGCGAAGAACUUUGACGUUCCUUCAACUUCAGUUGGAAACUCCUUUAAGACCUUCCAGUCUUCUGAGAUGGGGUUUGAGUCUGCCCCACUAUCGGUUGUUCCAGAUGCUGCUAGGAACGCUCUUCUUUCUCACCGAGCCUCAGCAAUUGAGUACUUCGGUGACUUGUCUGGCUUGUCCGAAUUGGAGAAGGUGAAGGUCUUGUCCCUUCGGGCUGCAGCUGGGGUGUCUAAGCCCCUUGUGAGGGUUCCAGACCCAUUUGUUGAGAAUCGGAAAAUGUUGUUGCACGUCGUUCAUAACCAUUUUUUCGCUAUGGGAAUGAACAUGGAGUUGAAGGGCAAGGCAGAAAAGGCCGAAGAAUCUGAGUGCCGAGCUGAAGAGCCAAAAGCCGAGGCUGAGGCUCAGGCUGAGAGGGAAGCUGAAGAAGCCAAAAAGAAAGAACCUCAUCCUGCUUCCUCUUCGGCUGGUGCUGGAAGUUCCAAGGGCCCAACUGCUCAACCUGAUUCUGCUGAUGCUGAAGCAUAG